AUGUCUGAUGUUGGGCGAUGGUACCCCAAGGAGGAGGGGGGUCUGGUUUUUGAUGAUGCACUCCCAGUAGCCUCCCAAGAGACCCUGGGAGCCCUGGAGCCCCCGGCCACCAGCAGUGCCAUCUUACCACCAAGGAAGGCCCUGGUCAAGGAUGAGCCAGUUGAAGUACCAGUGUCCGAUGCCCCAGCUCUCCCCUUCUUUUCUUCCUCCCAGGACGCACAGAAACCCUCAGUACUCAGCUAUGGGCCAAAGACACCAUCAGGGAAAAAGAUGAAGGCUCCUCUGUCCCGGUCAUGGAAGCAGGACCGUGAGCAGACCCUGGCUGCAGCGUAUGUACCGGUGGUGGUGGACCCCAGGGGCCAGAACUCAAACAAGCUCAGGUUCAAUUUCUACACGUCCCAGUACUCCAACUCCCUGAGCCCCUUCUACACCUUGCAGAAGCCUACUUGUGGCUACCUGUACCACCGGGACACUGACCACACCCGCAAGCGCUUAGACGUGCCUCCUGCUAACAAGAUGUUGUGGCGUUCCUAG